CAUUCAGCCCUUCAUCAACCGUUACCACCGCGAAGAAGACGCAGAUCAUUGUCCUAUGAAAUGAGAGCAUGACCAGCAAACACAGCCACGAGCACCACCCCAAAUGAUUUUACAGUUGUUUAUCAUUUAUUUUUAUAUCAUUUCUGACAUGGUCAAAGGUCUGCUGCCCGAUAACAAUGGCGAUAUGAGCUUCUGACACGCCGCUCGCCGUGGUCGUUUGUGUGUCAACGCUUCAUGGAAACGUCAUGAGGUACGCAGGCCGUCCGCAGUCACGCUGGCUGAGUGUUGAACACUGAAUGUGGGCUCAGCGGCUCCUGCCAUGGGGAAUACAGCCACCAAGUUCCGUAAAGCACUUAUCAAUGGAGAUGAAGGCCUGGCCUGCCAACUCUAUGAGAGCAACCCUCAAUUUAAAGAGGCUCUGGAGCCCAACGCCUCUUAUGGGGAGCCCUAUCAACACAACACACCCCUGCAUUAUGCCUCACGCCACGCCAUGACCCGCCUUAUCAGGUCUUUCCUGUUCUGCAAAGAUGGAAACCCCAACAAGUGCAAUGUCCACAAUGAGACUGCGCUGCACCUGCUCUGCAUGGGGCCGCAGAUCCUGCUGGGUGAAGGAGCGCUGCAGCCGCGCUUCAGCCGGCCCCAGGAGGACCAGCAGAAGCGGGCUGAGUGUCUCCAGAUGAUCCUGCAGUGGACCGGAGCCAAGCUGGACCAGGGAGAGUACGAGAGAGCCAACGUCAACGCCACCGACAACAAAAAGAGCACCUGCCUGCACUACGCGGCGGCUGCCGGCAUGAAGAACUGCGUCGAGUUGUUGGUGAAGAACGCUGCAGAUUUGUUUGUGGAGAACGAGGACAGGGAGACGCCGUGUGACUGCGCCGAGAAGCAGCAUCAUAAGGAUCUGGCGCUCAGUCUGGAGUCGCAGAUGGUUUUCUCUCAGGUUCCAGGAGCUCAGGAGAUCGAAGCGGAGUACGCUGCUCUUGACCGCAGAGAGCCGUAUGAGGGACUGAAGCUGCAAGACCUGCGACGCUUAAAAGAUAUGUUGAUCGUGGAGACGGCGGACAUGCUGCAGGCUCCUCUCUUCACCGCUGAGGCUCUUCUGCGAGCUCAUGACUGGGACCGAGAAAAGCUUCUGGAGGACUGGAUGUCUAAUGCCGAGGAGUGCUGCCAGCGUUCAGGUGUUCAGAUGCCAACCCCUCCACCCAGCGGCUACAAUGCCUGGGACACCCUGCCUUCACCCCGAACCCCCAGAACAACCCGUUCUUCCGUCACCUCUCCUGAUGAGAUCAGCCUGCUGUCGCCCACUGACGGCCUUGCUCUGUGUGGGAUUUGCAUGAGCAGCAUAUCUGUGUUUGAGGACCCCGUGGACAUGUCAUGUGGACACGAGUUCUGCCGGGCAUGCUGGGAAGGGUUUUUAAAUCUAAAGAUCCAAGAAGGGGAGGCUCAUAACAUCUUCUGCCCUGCUUACGACUGCUUCCAGCUGGUUCCAGUGGAGGUCAUUGAAAGCGUCGUCUCCAGAGAAAUGGAUAAGCGCUACCUGCAGUUUGACAUUAAGGCGUUUGUGGAUAAUAAUCCUGCAAUCCACUGGUGCCCUGUAGCCAGAUGUGAAAGAGCCGUUCGUCUGACUCGACCAGGCCCUGGAGCUUCUGACCCGCUGAGCUUCCCGUUGCUGAAAGCCCCUGCUGUAGACUGUGGAAAAGGACAUCUCUUCUGCUGGGAGUGUCUUGGGGAUGCUCAUGAACCCUGUGACUGUGAAACAUGGAAGAUGUGGCUGCAGAAAGUGUCUGAGAUGAAGCCUGAAGAACUGGCUGGUGUGAGCGAAGCUUAUGAAGAUGCUGCCAACUGCCUGUGGUUACUCUCCAACUCCAAACCCUGUGCCAACUGCAAAUCCCCCAUCCAGAAAAACGAAGGCUGUAAUCACAUGCAGUGUGCAAAGUGCAAGUAUGACUUUUGCUGGAUCUGUCUUGAAGAGUGGAAGAAACACAGCUCCUCUACUGGAGGAUAUUAUCGCUGCACGCGCUACGAGGUUAUCCAGCAAGUAGAGGAACAGUCUAAGGAGAUGACUGUGGAGGCAGAAAAAAAGCACAAGAGUUUUCAGGAACUCGACCGUUUUAUGCAUUAUUACACACGAUAUAAAAACCACGAACACAGUUACCAGUUAGAAGAACGACUCCUGAAAACAGCCAAAGAAAAGAUGGAGCAACUGAGCAAAGCUUUUAUUGGAAGGGAUGGAGCUCCACCUGACACCACAUUUAUUGAGGACGGUGUUCAUGAGCUUCUCAAGACCCGACGCAUCCUUAAGUGCUCUUAUCCAUAUAGUUUCUUCUUGGAGCCCAAAAGCACAAAGAAAGAAAUAUUUGAACUUAUGCAGACGGAUUUAGAGAUGGUCACUGAAGACCUGGCUCAGAAGGUGAACCGGCCUUACCUCCGCACCCCUCGCCAUAAGAUCAUCAGUGCCACGUAUUUGGUGCAGCAGAAGAGGCGGGAGUUUCUGGCCUCUGUGGCUCGAGGUGUCGCUCCAAAUGAUUCUCCUGAAGCUCCGCGACGCAGUUUUGCUGGCGGGACGUGGGACUGGGAGUAUCUGGGAUUUGCUUCUCCUGAGAUGGUGAGGAAUCACCCAGUACGGGGAUCAAAUGCACAGCGCGAGAGCAAUUACAAUGCAGGAGGCCAGCCGCAGGAGUACUCUGAGUUCCAGUACAGACGGAGACACCGGCAGCGGCGACGAGGAGACCUGCUCCGACUGCACAGCCUGCGCAGCAACACUCCUGAACCACAUGACUCCAGCGACGCCACCGCAGAAACACAUGAGGGAGGCACUUCACAACGGCAUGGCAUCUCUACGGCACUUGGAUCUCUAGAUGAGGAUGACCCCAAUAUUUUACUGGCGAUUCAGCUGUCCUUACAGGAGUCCGGGCUGGCCUUGGACCCCGAGCCUCAGGACAGCGACGCCUCUGUUGGUGCCAGCGGCUCCUCUCUGCCCUCCAGACUGGACAGUGUCCCACAGACCUCAGAUCCGCCGCGGGCGUCAAUGAGCAGCUCUGAGCUCCUGGAGCUGGGAGACAGCCUUAUGAGACUAGGCGACAUCAGCAGCCGCUAUACACCCUUUAACAUCAACUCCUACCCCGAUGCCUUGGGCACCGCCUUCAGCCCUAGUGACCCGGACUGUCUGGAUCCCUCCACCAAUGCCAACCUGCUGGGCAACAUCAUGGCCUGGUUCCACGAUAUGAAUCCGCAGAGCAUUGCACUGAUUCCCUCAUCCGCUUCUGAUGCAGGCAAUGAAACGCACGCUUUAGGAGAGCCUGCAAAAGCCGAGCAGACUGAAGCGGAGAGUGCUGAGAUGGAGAGUAAAGAGGGGGAGGUUUCGGAGUGUGUUGAAGAUGCUAAAACGGAGGCUUCAGAUCUCACUGUUUGUCCUGAAAGCAGCGCCGAUCCGCAGGUAAACAGUCUAUCUUUGGAGUGGGAGGAGGAAGUGCAUCUAGUUUGAGGAGCGAGUGUCAUUACGUUUACCAACUGAGUGCUCUUAUUGUGCCAAAACACUACACGAUGGAAGCGGAAGUGCUCGUGCUGUGAUCUGAGACAGGCGUUGAUUGUGUUGCACAGCGCUUUGGAAGAAAAGCGAUCAGGUUUGUGCUCGUGGAAGUUCAUGAUUGGAUCAUUCACUAAUCAUAUUUGUGUGUUUGUUUUUGCACAUUCAUCUGUAAGUUUGGUUCUUCUCUGCAUUUAGCAUCAAAUUGUGGAAAAACUAACGUUGCGCGGACAUAAAAUCAGUUCUGGUGGCCUUAGACGAAAUGUGUUUUCUUUGGGUCGAAGAUGGAAGGGGUUUUCAUGCAUUACAAAAUAAGGGCGUAAUACAGCUUUACCUUCUCUGAGCAAAAAAAAAGAAAAAGAAAGACGACUACCCAUGCAUUACCACCAUCAUCUACAGAAGACGUUUAAUAGUGUGAUCAUCGUUUAUAUACUGAGCUAUUUUAAAGAACAGGUAUCAUUUGACGACAUGUAUUAAAGACUUUUAUUUUCAUUAUAAUACUCAACACAGUACUCAUAAAUGCUCCUUCAGGU